CGGCAAAUAUUUCUCGCAGAUCGGACUCUUUUCUCCUUCAAAUCUGAGAGUCCACCUCAGACGAACACUGAAAUUAGAAUCGCAUUAUUGAAAUCCAAUCCCAAAAUCUCCAACGCUGUUUACGUGAUCGAAAUGAAGGACGACGAUGCCCUUCCAACGACGACAGCUAACACCAAGAAAGAAAGCUCGGAUUCGAGUCUAUUUGGUAAAGGCCGGUACAAGUUCUGGGCAUUGGCGGCCAUUUUGUUGCUGGCAUUUUGGUCCAUGUUCACCGGAACUGUCACGCUCCGUUGGUCCGCCGGUAACCUCAACCGCCUCUCCGCCGACUUCGAUAUCCCCAUCCACGACGAUCUCGACGUCCUCGAAAUGGAGGAGAGGGAGAAGGUGGUGAGGCACAUGUGGGACGUUUACACCAACAGCCGUCGGAUCAGAUUACCGAGGUUCUGGGAGGAGGCCUUCGAGGCUGCCUACGAGGAUUUGACCAGCGACGUCCCUGGGGUCAGAGAGGCCGCCGUUACUGAGAUCGCUAAGAUGUCCGUGCGCUCUGUUGAUCUCGAUCCUCCUCCCGUCCAAUCAACGACUGCACGAGAAUUGAGUAAGAGUUUGAAGCAAGCUGAAACAGGCAGGGAAGUAGUGACCUGGACAGGUGGUCACCGAUGAUGUGAAGGAUGUUUAGGAUUCGAGGAUUCAAAUCUUCGGUACUUGUACUCACAAGUGCUCAUGUGCUGCCCAAAGUUUGUGAAAGGUAGUGUGGGCCAAAUUAUACUCAGAUCUUACUUGGUUUCAUAACAGUGACAAACUAUAUAUUUAAUUAGGUUAUGAUUCUUCCAAAUUUUGCUGUCACAAUCUUUCCAGGCGAGUGGUGAACCGGAACAACCUAUCGAGUAGAUCAAUCUAGCGAACAAAUUUUUUUAUGAGAUUUAUUUAUUUAUUUAAUUUCAAAAGAAAGAAUUUGCGAAUUUUUGUGCUGUACAGAAGUUCCUUACUAGCAUGGAUAAGCAUAUAUUUAAGUACUCGUCUCUUGACUAAAUAUAAUUCUAAUUUGUGUA